AUGUUCAAUACUUAUCGACUAUAUCUGGUGUUAUUGCUGACAUUGUUCAUAUUUUCAAUCAUCUUAUUUUUAAACAAAAAUCAAAAUGAAAAAUCAUCUUAUUUUGGAAUCGUUAUUGAAAAUCAGAAUAAGACAAACCCUGUUGACUUUUUCCUAGCCGUCGAACCUUAUCAUUAUUUUAUGAACAGAACUGUUGGUCGAAUUUAUCAUGAUGACUAUUAUGAUUCGUAAGUACACAAAACGAUUCUACAUCAGGAAAUUCGAUAAUUUUUAGCGAUAAAUGUCAAAUUGAAGAUUGGAAUACAAUUGAAACUGACAAAAUUCCAAAUGAAGAUUAUCACCAGUAUUUGAUGAGUAUUGAUUGGGGAAAAGAUUUGCUGAACAAAUCACCGAGUCCUUUGGCAGCGUUUGCUUAUUCUGAUUAUAUUGCAGUAACUUUGACAUCGGAAAGAACCGUUUCGUGAGUUUCAUAUACAUAUUGUCUGACAGAUUUUUUGUCAGAACGAAGUUUUUUGAAGUUGAACAGACCACGGCGAGAAAAAUAAAACUUUUUGUUCUUCUUCCCGUUCCCCAGGAAAUUUAGAGGAGUAGAGAAUAUGCGCUCUAAUGAUAAUGUAUGCGAGAGGAAAUUUUUAGGAUUUUAAAUUUUCUGCAGUCAUUUUUUCGCCUGUACUCUUUUUCUUUUCCCGCUCUCCCCGAUUUUCUCACUCUCUCGUUUUGCAACACCGGUCUCCCUGCCGCAUUUUUCAAGGGGGGGGGGAGGUUUAAAAAUUCUCGCUGUGAGACCGAGGGUGGGGAACCUGGCCUCAUGUUGACUUUGGUAGUAUGAACAUAAGCCAUGACAGCUUCGCGUGACUAACCUGGCUAUUUACCUGUCCUGCCCUGGACAGGUUCAUUUUUUAGUUGAGAAGAAACAUGCCAAAAAGAGGAGAUCGAAUUUUUAUUUUUUUUUACGCAGAAAAAAAUUCUCUGUUAAUUUUUGUUCACGCGAGGACAGGUUGGUUAUAUGGCUUUUGGCCAUGUUCAAUCCAUGUUAGAGCCAGGAAAAGUUGAGGCAAUGUUCAAGGCCAGGACAAUUUCCCCACCCCUGGAACAGACUAAAAAAUUUGCAGAAGCUUUUCUGAACAUUUUUUCUUUUGAAAAUUUGGUCCAAAAUGAAAAAUUGAAACAUAUUUUUUAAAAUACACACAAAUUUUAAUUGUAAUUUGAGGCAACAAAUAGAACAAAAAAUGUUCAUUAAGAUGAAUUUGUGUGAUACGAUUUGUUCUGCGAACUACAAUCCGAUUCUAUUUUAGUUUGUUUCAGACACAAGGUGUAUUGCCGUUACUACGAUUGCAAAAUGAAAGAAAUGAUAGGAAAACAUUUUGUGUCUCGAAACUUUCCAAGAUCUACAGUUUUUUGUGCUCGCCAAAAAGGCGCUGUAUACAUUUCCGUCACUGACAAUUUGGAAGAUGUUGCUGAAUUUCCGAUAAGAAUUGUUAGAAGAGAUGCCAAAAGUAGGCACUUUUUUUUAUCUAUAAAAUAACAAGCAUUUAUAGAACCGCCACAUUAUUUAACUGUCUGCUUAGCUCCACUUUAUGGAGAAGAGCCUAAGUUUUUGCAACUUGUCGAUUUUAUUGAAUAUUAUAAACUUCAAGGUGCAACAUUUUUUCAUAUUUAUGUGAGAAAUGUUUCAAAUUAUGAUAGAAUUCUUCUCGAUGAUUAUGUUCGAACUGGGGAAGUUGAAUUGAUACAAGUUCAUGAUCAUUAUUGGAGAGCUGAUUUUAUGUGGCAUAGAGUACAAAAUAAUGUGAGUUUAUAAAGAAAAAACGAUUUUCUCAUCUUAAUGAACAUUUGUUGUUCUAUUUGUUGCCUCAAAUAAAAAAAAGUUCAGGAUUGUCAUUUUCGAAGCAAGUUUUUCUCAAAGUGGACAGCGUUUGUCGAUAUUGACGAACGAAUUGAAAUGAAAAAAUAUCCCGAACUUCGAAUUGUUGAUCUUCUCGAGUAAGCUUGAAUUUCUAAUCAGAAUGACAUUUCUAUUUUCAGCCAAACGACUCCAAAUGUUUCAACUCUUCAUUUUUCUACUGAUUGGAUUAUCAAAAAUGGACUGUCUCCAGAAAAGUACAUUAAUGAUAAUCAAUUGAAAAACGAAAUGAUUUUCCGAAAAUUUACAAAUACUUCUACAAAAACAGACACUUAUAAACAACCAAAAUGUAUAAUUCGACCCGAAAGAAUUGCUGUAAUGUCAAUUCAUCAUCCGAGGGCUGUCUAUGAUAAUUCAAAAAUAGCGAUAGUCAAUUAUAGAAUUGCUGCUAUCCGACAUUACCGAAAUUCAUUUCAUAAGCUUUUCCCAGGACAAAUAAACGUAAUGUUCGAACACGGACCAUGGAGGGAAACAAAUAUUGCACCCUGGAUUUCUGGGAAUUUGACGACAAAUAUUUUGAACCGUGUUAAAUAUUUGUUUGACAUUGAGAUACCUCCAAAUGAUAUUCAGGAAAGGUGGUAUGACAGGGAAUGUUCAAAAAUGUCUCUGGAGAAAAUCAAAGUAUGA